GAUGAACGGAGGAAGAAGGGGUGAAGUUGAAAAGAACUCUAAGAAGAGGGGCACAACAGCACAGAGACCAAAGUUCAAAUCCCAUCGGGGGCCUUUCAUUUGGACCAGGCGCAAAGUGAGAAACACACCCUCCACCACCACGACAAAGACGCGCUCUCUCUCUCUCUCUCUCUCUCUCUCUCUGAUACACACCUUCUUCAAGUUCAGUGCAGUACCAGUGAACAGACGAAAGAAGUAGGGCCAAUUUUGUCUCAUCAUCCCCGAAACCCUCCCUCCAACGAUUUCACAGAAUCUGGAACACAAGAAAAUGGGGAGCUCGAAGGACGACUCGGCCACCGACGCCGACAACUCCGGCGGCAACCUCCCUGCCUCCAAUUCCAGCAUCUUCGCGGAAGGCGAGAAAGUCCUCGCUUAUCAUGGCCCUCGCAUCUACGAAGCCAAGGUUCAAAAAGCCGAGUUUCGAAAGAAGGAAUGGAGAUACUUUGUUCAUUAUCUUGGCUGGAAUAAAAAUUGGGAUGAAUGGGUAGGCAUGGACCGGCUGAUGGAACUUACUGAAGAUAAUGUCUUGAAGCAGCAAGCCCUUGACAAAAAGCAGGGUGUAGACAAGAAUUCAAAAUCAGGGCGUUCGGCACAAACUAAGCCAAAGGCCUCAUCUGAGGCAAAAGUGGAUAAAGAGGAUACGAAGAACAAUGUAGCUAAAGGGAAGAAGCGAAAGAUUGACUCAGGCGUUGAGAAGGAUAGUGCAUCUGUGGAAAAGCUUGUCAAGGUCCAGAUUCCAUCAACGUUGAAGAAACAACUAGUUGAUGACUGGGAAUUCAUUACGCAGAAGGAUAAGCUCGUUAAACUUCCGCGUUCUCCUAAUGUUGAUGAUAUAUUGACGAAGUACCUUGAAUACAGGUCAAAGAAGGAUGGCAAGAUGACUGAUUCAGUAGGGGAAAUAUUGAAUGGAUUACGGUGUUACUUCGACAAAGCAUUGCCAGUUAUUCUUCUAUACAAAAAGGAGCGGCAACAGUAUCAUGAAGCAGUUGCAGAUGAUGUCUCUCCGUCAAGUAUAUAUGGUGCUGAACAUCUACUCCGUCUCUUCGUUAAGUUGCCUGAGUUGUUGGCAUAUGUAAACAUUGAAGAGGAGACGUUGGUCCGCUUGCAGCAGAAAUUACUUGACUUUCUCAAGUUUCUGCAGAAGAAUCAGGGCACUUUCUUCCUUUCUGCUUAUGAUGCCUCUAAAGUUUCCGAAGGGAGUGGCAAGGGGAAAGAUAAUUGAGCAGCAACUCAUUUUGUUCCACCAACAACGCGAUCAUACUUGCUACUGUCUCAAGGCAAAAGCAUUUUGUAGAAUUGCUUGACGGUGCUACUGGCUUGUCUAAUUCUGUUUUGAUGAUCCAACUAGAUAAAUACUUCAUUUGUUGUUGUACAUUAGUUCAUUCUUUUUGCUUUAUAAUUUGUUUUAGUUGACAUUGAUUCAGCGCUUUGUAGAAUGAAGAGAACUACUUGGUGUAUUAGCUAAGUGUUCUAUACUUGUCUGUAAACAUUUGGUGAGUUGUUUGUUAUGCGUCCAAUACAUCAUGAAGAAAAAUUAUCCAAACAGAAGGUUAACAAAA